AAGUUCAGGUAGGUAGUUGCACAAGCAAACCUACGUCCCACCCGAACAAAUCUUUUUUUUAUUUUUCUUUCUACCGCAAACCAUCUCAAACAUUCAUUACAGCCUGAAUCACGGUCACGGAUGAUAGGCGGCCAUUCGCUCUAAGGUGCUAACACAACACACGCAUUCAAACGUGCAUUCGUUGAAGGAAACAGGUUCCUAUCUUCGAAUGCGGAGAGAAAACCUCCACAUAGUUCUCAUCUCAACUUCGAACGGUUCCGUUCUUUCUCCUGGAAUUCCAAAAUGAUGGCUCCUUCUGAAACUAGUGUGCAAACGACUAAUACACACAAAACCGAUACUUCUCAUUCUGUUGGAGUAAAAGUGACAACAAAAGCUGAAUCAACUGGAAUAGCUGAUAAUUUGGAGUUAAACCCUUAUUAUUUCAUUACUGUUCCUGGAAUUCUGAAGCUCGUGCAACUGCUGUUUGCCAUCAUAUGCAUGGGAUGUGGAUCACCGGUCGUCACCACUUACACCAACUUCUUCAUGUUCGUCGUUGCCAUCUAUUUCAUCAUCACACUUGUGUUUUGUGUUAUCUACUUCUUCACGAUAAAGAGGCUCCUUCCCAAAAUACCCUGGUUGUUAAUUGAGCUGUGUGCCACUGGUGUUGGAACCGUGCUGUAUUUCAUUGUGUCUGUGGCUCAGCUGGGUGCCACGAAUAGAAGAGAUUAUCAUUAUGCACUUACACAUCAUGGAUACUAUUCAUCUUACAUAGCUGCUGGGUGCUUUGGAAUUUUCAAUUUUGCUGCAUAUGGAGCUGGUACAUUUUUCUUAUUCAUGGAAUGGAAGCAGUCAAGAACACCAGCAACAUCUACUGCAGUGGCGCCACCAACAGCUACUUCAAAUAAUCAUUGAUGGUCUUAAUGAGUUGAAAGCUUGACUGUAAGCUUAUUGGAGAUGCAAAAAAUUUUGUAAAAAGAGGCGUUUGCAAAUACCUAUUUUGUUUUCCUGCUUGAAUUAUUGAUAGUUGUGACGAGAUUGGCAAGUCUCUGUGGUUUGGGGAUAUGAUCUUUAGAAGAUGUAAAAAUUGUUGGCAUUUAAAUCGUGAAGGGUCAUUGUGUGAAAAAGCAAACGAUUCAUUUCAUCAUAUUAGACUCAACAAAAAAAUGAAUUCAUCUUAUUAUCCUUUAUAGUUCACAAUAUACAGCUAAUCAUGGUGAUUAAUUUUAUAAUAAAUUUUCUUGUGCAAAAA